CGGAGUUGGGGGAAUAUUUGUAUUUUCACGCGUGUACGGAAAUGAUGCUCUGCAUUUCUGUUCUCUGCGCUCCUGUAAGCGUCGGGCGGAUGUGGAAAUGGCAGUUGCAUCUUCUCCUGUGUGUAUGCGCCGCAGAGGUGGCACGCGGGCAGGUCCGCUAUUCUAUUCCCGAGGAGAUGGCGACGGGAUCCUUUGUGGGAAAUAUCGUACAGGACCUAGGUCUGGAUGUGAAAAGACUGAAAUCGGGCAGAGCUCGCAUUUUUACAGAGGACAGUCGUGAGUAUGUCGGCCUGAAUUCUGAUAAAGGCACGCUCGUGGUGAAAGAAAGAAUUGAUAGAGAGGAGCUGUGUGCUCAGGUGUCUCCGUGCUCUUUACAUUUCCAGAUCAUUCUCGAGAAUCCUAUGGAACUCCAUAGUAUUGUUGUAGAGAUAUUAGACAUCAAUGACAACGCCCCGUUUUUUGCCGAUAAAAAAAUAGAAUUGCAGAUUAGCGAAUCCGCUGUGUCCGGAGCUCGAUUCUCUCUAGAAAGUGCCAAAGACCCCGAUGUGGGAGAGAAUUCACUCCAGAGAUACACGCUAAAUCCCUCAGACCAUUUUAUACUGAAGCUGCAGUCACGUCCUGACGGAACUAAGUAUGUGGAGAUGAUGCUUCAAACUGCACUGGACAGAGAAAAGCAGCAUGAACAUAAAUUAAUCUUAGCUGCAUUUGACGGUGGAAGCCCUCAGAAGUCUGGUACAAUGCAUAUACAUGUGGAGGUUUUAGAUGCGAAUGACAAUGCGCCAGUUUUUAGCUCUACCCUCUACAAAGCUUCUUUAACGGAAAAUUCAGUGAAGGGUACAGCUAUUUUGAAAGUCAGUGCAACGGACGCAGACAAAGGAACAAAUGCAGAGGUGACCUAUUCGUUUUCGCAAAUCACAGAUAGCGUUUCAGAAACGUUUGAUAUAGACCCCAGCAGUGGUGAAAUCACUGUAAAAGGAAAGUUAGAUUUUGAAAAAUCUAAGCAGUUUGAGAUAAAUGUGAAAGCUACAGACCAGGGCGGUUUAACUGACUCCAGUAAAGUGUUAAUUGAUGUAUUGGACGUGAAUGACAAUGCUCCUGUCAUAACAGUCAUGUCGUUUUCAAGCCCGAUACCCGAGGACUCUGCGACAGAGACGAUCAUUGCCAUGUUAAAUGUCAAAGAUUCAGACUCUGGAAAAAACGGGAAAGUACGGUGCUCCAUUAACAACGAAUUACCUUUUCGACUGAAGACUACAUCUCCCAAUUUCUACAGUUUGGUCACAGAUCAGAUAUUGGAUCGUGAAAAGGCCUAUGAAUAUAAUAUAACCAUAACAGCCACAGAUGAAGGAUCACCUCCAUAUUUAACUAACAAAACUCUGACUCUUAAAAUCUCCGAUGUAAAUGACAAUGCGCCGCUGUUUGAAAAGGGCUCGUACACUGCAUAUGUCAUGGAGAAUAACGCACCGGGGAUGUCAGUAUAUUCUGUGAAAGCUAAGGACAAAGAUUUCGGAAACAACGCUCAGAUCUCUUAUUUUCUUGAGGAUGAACAAAUUAAUGGACUUUCAACAUCAUCAUAUAUUUCAGUGAAUUCAGAAAGCGGGACAAUUUAUGCUGUGCGCUCCUUUGAUUUUGAACAAAUUAAAGAAUUCAAAAUUAAGGUCAAAGCUCAGGAUGGAGGCUCACCGCCUCUAAGCAGCAAUGCGACUGUAACUAUAUUCAUUAAAGACCAAAAUGACAACGCCCCUCAGAUUCUCUACCCAAUACAGAUUGGUGUCUCCCAAGUGGCUGAAAUGGUGCCUCGUUCAGCAGAUGUUGGCUAUCUUGUCACUAAAGUGGUCGCUGUUGAUGUGGACUCGGGGCAGAAUGCCUGGCUCUCAUAUAAACUGCUGAAAGCGACAGACAGGGCGCUGUUUGAAGUGGGCUUACAGAAUGGAGAAAUAAGAACUUUACGCCAAGUCACUGAUAAAGAUGCUGUGAAACAAAGACUUACUGUUGUAGUGGAGGACAACGGGCAGCCCUCUCGUUCAGCUACAGUCAAUGUUAACGUGGCGGUGGCGGACAGUUUCCCGGAAGUGCUCUCUGAAUUCACCGACUAUACACAGGACAAGGAUUACAAUGACAACCUGACUUUUUAUUUGGUCUUGGCCUUGGCUGUGGUCUCAUUUUUGUUUAUUAUCUCCAUAAUUGCGAUUAUUUCAGUAAAAGUAUAUCGAUGGAGACAGACAAGAUUAUACUACAAAUCCAAUGGGAACCUCCCUGUUAUUCCGUACUAUCCACCGCUUUACGCUGACGUUGAUGGCGCCGGAACUCUGCAGCACGUGUAUAAUUACGAGGUGUGCAGGACUACUGACUCGAGAAAGAGUGACAUCAAAUUCAUGAGACCUUUCAGUCAGAGCGCGCUGAAUGUGGAUGUGAGUGGCGCGGGGACGCUGCGGAUGGAAACAAAAGAGACGGAAGUGACAGAUGAGUGUUCCGAGGUGAGGUGA